UUAACUAAAAAUAGUAGUCGGAAGUCUCCAUUCUGUGUUCUGCGUACGUUGCAGAAGAGAAGAGAAGAGAAGAGCCAUGGCGGGAGUGAGCAUCAUCACUGGCUUUGUCUCUAUCUGCAAAUGGCUUCGCUCAUCGUUAUCUUCUUCUCUUUCUUUCUCGCCGAUUUUUUGCUUCGUUUUCUCCGAUUUUUCGUCUUAUUUCUCACCGAUUCCAUUCUUACUUCUUCACCGACUCACCGAUUUUCUUCUUAUCUCCCCGAUUUCCUUCUUCUUUUUCCUCAUCAUCGCUUUUCGUUCCGUGUUGUGUCAUUCAAUUGCUUCGCCCCUAAGCAUUCCACUCCACCGUAAAGGGUUUCGUGCCGAAACAGCCCAGGGAAUUGAAAGAAAUUGUGUAGCAAAUAGCAAUGAAGCUCCAGUGUGUACUGCUAUUGGUUUUGUGCUUGUUGGGGUAUGGAUAUUCCAACAACAUGGUGCUGAACUUGCACCAUAAGUAUGGCGGGCGUGAGGGCUCCAACCUGAGCGAUUUGAGGGCCCACGACCUACGCCGUCACGGCCGAAUGCUUGGCGCCGUCGACUUCCCUAUAGGUGGAACUACAAAAUCCACUGGCGUUGGACUCCACUAUACCAAGCUUAUGAUUGGUACUCCUCCAAAGGCCUAUAAUGUCUUUGUUGAUACCGGGAGUGACAUACCAUGGGUGCAUUGUGCUGGCUGUGACAGCUGUCCGAAAGAGAGCAGCCUAGGGAUAGAUUUGGUGCAGUAUGAUAUAAAGGCCUCUUCGACUGGAUAUUGGGUUAAUUGUUACCGAGAUUUUUGUUAUACAUUGUACACUAAACAAUAUCAAACUUGUGGCACUAGUCGGCACUGUGCAUUUGAGAUUUCUUAUGGGGAAGGAAGCAGAACAGUUGGAUCCUAUGUUCACGAUUAUGUUCAUAUUGAUCAAGUGACUGGAAACCUUCAAACUGCAUCUGUUGGCGGGACCAUUGUGUUUGGGUGUUCAUCUGAAGUAUCUGGGUUGCUAAGCACAGAUGAUGAAUCUUCUGAUGGGAUAAUUGGUUUUGGACAAGCAAAUUCAUCCUUUAUUUCUCAGCUAACGGCACAGAGAAAGGUGAAAAAGAUAUUUUCACAUUGUUUGAAUCGCAAUGGAGGUGGCAUACUUGCUAUAGGGCAAGUAGUUCAGCCUAAAGUAAAUUCAACACCACUCGAACCAAAUCGGCGCCAUUACACUGUUAUUUUGAAGUCAAUUGAAGUUGGCGGUGUUGCUCUAGACACUCAAUUUUAUGGUGGCGUAGAGACUAUAAUUGACAGUGGCGCAACCUUCGCCUAUUUUAGUGGUUGGAUCUAUGAUCCUCUCGUACACAAGAUGCUGGAAAAGCAACCUGGACUUAAAACUAGUUUUAUUAACGGGUUCAAAUGCUUUGACUACCAUGGAAAUGUUGAUGAAGGAUUCCCAGUUGUAACCCUUAAUUUUAUGGGUUCUCUGAAUUUGACGUUGUAUCCUCAUGAUUACCUUCUCUCAUUUGAUCAGCCUGGUGUACAAUGCAUUGCUUUGCUGUCUAAGGGAAUGACAUUGUUGGGAGAUGUUGCGCUCUCUAACAAGUUAUUCGUGUAUGAUCUCGAAAGCCAAACCCUCGGGUGGACGGAACAUGACUGCUCUUCCAGCAUCAAGGUAAAAGAUGAAGGCACGGGCAAUGUGUACACUUUGGGUGCCCAUCAUAGGGCGUCAUCAUCCGAUUUGAGAACAAGAAAAAGAAUUAUUUUUAUAUUCUUUUUCAUAAUUUACAUUUUUGUAUGUAAUAUCUUGACGAUAUAAGACGACAAAAGUUGUCAUUAUAGAUGUAUAUAGUGAAUGUCAUGAUAACAUAUUUAAUAAAAUGCAAUAUUUAUUAUUA